AGAUACAUUGAAUUAUGUUCUGUUUUCUAAUCCCGUCAGCUCGAGUGCCGGUUCGUUUGCGACAACUGCUGCAUCACCUGCCUCAAGCCCCGUGUUGAGUACAAACUGGUUCCACCUGAGCCUUUGUGGAAAUCGGCAGUAGCCUCAGGGCCCUCAGGGCCUUAUUUGAAAUUGGCAGAACUCAGUGGAGUCACUGCAGUCAUCCUCGGGGCAUAUGGAGUUCACAGGAAAAUAUAAGGACGAUCAAUUGAAGCAAGUGUUUGAGACAGCGAAUAGAUAUCAUUUUUAUCAUUCCCUGGCUAUGGUGGGCUGGUUACGUGCAGGGCACCAAUUUUGACUGCUGCCCUGUGGAUGUCAGAAUCUCUGAUGUUCUUUCUCUGGUUUUCCCCAAACGAUUAUUGUACAGUUAAUCUUAGUGAAAUCUAGGGGGUUUCUUUGAUCGAAUAGAUUUCACAAUUCUCCUCACGACUUCAUCCAUUGAAUGCGUCGCCGUAAUUUUUCACCUCAAAUCAAUAAAGUCAACAGAAAAAGAAACAAGAACUGAUUCCUCUGCCAUUGAAUUAAUUUCCUGCUCAAUGAUAAGUUCAGAUAUACCUACACACUUUAAACUAUCAGUAUCAACUAAAUAAAAAUAUUAUUUUGUAACUACUAGGUCAAAUUCCAAUUAUCUAUGAUAAUAAAUCAACAUCAAUUCACCUGAACCCAAAAUUUGAAAAUUUCGUUAAAAAAUAUCGAAAGUCGAAAUGAAAAUAUCGAUACUGCAACAUAUCGAUAUCAUAAAUAUGUGUAGAGCAUCUCCAACAUAACCCUGUAAUCAUAUGUACAGUCUCACUCAAUAUGAGAAUUUAUUUAAUAAUAUAAUAUAAUAAACAAAUUGUGGAUUAAUGAAUGUUUAUAACGUGUUUAUUGUAGAUUGAUAGUCGAGUGAUUGUUUGAAGAAUAAAUUGAAUUGAUUUUGGGCUAGAUAAAGACUUUCGGAGGAACAACGUAUCAGUGGAUUAACCUCACAUCCCCUUGGGGUUAUGUUUGGAAAUACUAAAAGGUUUUACUAAUUUUAUAAAUUCACAUUUCUUGAUUAAUUGUAUAUAAAUAAUCUUUGUGGGUUUAAAAUGUCGUACUUGACGAGAAAAGAGAUUGAUGAAAUGAAGCCGGAAAUUGAAAAGGCUGUGUAUAAAUUUCUGGGAUUUGCUGAGCCUGCGAUUGUUACAACUGCUGUCAAUUGCAUUGUUUCUGGAUAUGACAAGCGUAAAACUGCAGAUAAAUUGUCGGCGUUGCUGGAGGACAAAAAAGCGAUGAAACUCACGGACAAAGUGUUCACGAUGUACGAAGAUGUGAAGGCAUUACAAAAGAGUAAAAAACGAGCUCAUGCGGAGGACAAGGAGAAAGAUAAAGACGCGAAGAAAUCGAAAAUGGCAGAUGAACCUGAGAAUGGAAAUGCAGGGAACACUCUCUCCCCAGACAAGAUAAAACAAAUGAUGCUGAACGCGCAACGAGAGAUUGAAGAACGAAAGCGUGCCCUGCGCUCCAUAAAAGAAGACGACAUGUCUCCAAUUCACUCCCAAUUAAAACCGCGUGAAUCCCUGCCCCUGGCAAGUUCAAUGUACAGCCAGGGAUUGCUCAGCAAAACGGACUCCGACAAGGCGAGAAAACUGGCAGCCCUGCAGGCACAAAUAAAGAAUAAACUUAAUUCAGGUCUUCUGAACAACGUGAGUGUCCCUGACAAGCCAACACCCCUGAUCCUAGAUGAAUCAGGACGAACAGUGGACAUCACUGGAAAAGAGGUCCAGCUGACGCAGGUUGUGCCCACCCUGAAGGCUAACAUUCGAGCCAAGAAGAGAGAGGAGUUCAGGGCUCAGCUGCAGGAGUCAAAGGGCCCGGAGGAGAUUCAGGACACUCACUUCUUCGAUACGAGAAUUGGUGUAAAAGCUGCGAGUCGCAGCAAGAGAGCUCUGAAAUUUCACGAGCCAGGAAAAUUCCAGCAGAUUGCUGAAAGAAUUCGAAUGAAAGCACAACUGGAGAAAUUGCAGAAUGAGAUAAGUCAGAUAGCGAGAAAAACAGGGAUAAGUUCAGCGACAAAAUUAGCCCUGAUAGCACCAAAAACGGAAGCCCUCAAUGAGGACGUGCCAAAUGUCGAGUGGUGGGAUUCUGUGAUACUCAUUAAUGGUUAUCCGAGCAGUGACGAGUCUGUUCAGAUUAAAACAGCAACGAUAACGAAUCUCGUUGAGCAUCCAACCCAGAUGAGACCACCGACAGAUCCUUUGAAGCCAGCUUAUAUGCCUGUUUUUCUCACGAAGAAGGAAAGGAAGAAGCUCAGGAGACAGAAUCGCAGGGAGGCUUGGAAGGAAGAGCAGGAAAAAAUUCGAUUGGGCCUUGAGCCACCACCUGAACCCAAAUUGAGAAUAUCCAAUUUGAUGAGAGUACUGGGUAAUGAGGCUGUGCAGGAUCCAACCAAGAUUGAGGCUCAUGUACGACAGCAGAUGGCCAAGAGGCUUAAGGCUCAUGAGGAUGCCAAUGCUGCUAGGAGACUCACUGCUGAUCAGAGGAGGGAAAAGAAGGCCAGGAAACUCAAGGAGGACACGUCUCUCGGGGUUCAUGUCGCUGUUUACAGAAUACGAGAUUUACUGAACAACGCAUCGAAGAAAUACAAAGUGGAGACAAACGCCAAACAGCUCUACCUCACUGGUUGUGUGAUGCUAUUUCGUGAUUGCAACGUUGUGGUCGUCGAAGGUGGUGCAAAGCAAUUGAUGAAGUACCACAGGUUGAUGAGCACGCGGAUAAAAUGGGAGGAGGACAUUGUCAAGGACAAUGAUGGUAAUGACGUUCCUAAUAAGUGCGUCCUAGUGUGGCGUGGCACCAGUAAACAGCGACACUUCGGUGAUAUCAAGUUCAAAGUAUGUCCAAUUGAGAAAAUGGCUCGGGAACACUUUAAGAAACAUCAGGUCGAGCAUUACUGGGAUCUCGCGUACAGCGGAGCUGUUCUCGAUGUCACUGAUGAUGUCAGUACAUGAGGACUUGUGUGAAUAUAAUUAUAAAUGUACUGGGUAGAAAUUUAAUUGAUAAUAAAAAAUA